UGCACGGGCCACGCGAUAACAGAAACCCGCGACUGUCAGUCUUGAAGCUCAGCUUUCUCCAGUAUCCGCAUCUCACGCACGUCAAUUCGUUCAGCUAUUGCUGUAUGACAUUGAUUAAUCGCAAUGCCACCCCGAAAGAAAACCAAGCGCGCACACUCCACUACACCUCCCGAGGACACAGCGGCGCAAUCUAGUGCGGAUACCCCAGGAUCAAUCGACAGCGCUGAAAAGCCCGAGCCCGAAUAUGACUUGAUUGGCGAUCCUUGGACAGACGAGCAAGAGACGGCACUAUUAAAGGCGAUAAUAAAAUGGAAACCCGUUGGCGUUCACAAGCAUUUCCGCAUGCUCGCAAUUGCAGACUACCUGAAGAGUCAAGGAUAUGCGCCCUCGUCAGCAGAACAUAUGCGUAUUCCCGGGAUAUGGAAAAAGCUGGGUACUCUAUACAACUUGGAGGCGUUAGAUGAACGGGAGGACGCAGUGUUUGCGGAUACGAAUGAGGAUGAGGAGGAGGAGCCAAGUGAGAUGUACUGGCCGUUUGAGCUUCCCUACGACGAAUAUGGCGACCUCAUGUUUGAGAGGCGGCUGGCGACAGAAGGUUCGUUGUCGCCUGUAACAAGUCGCCAUGCCGAGUCUCGACGAGGAAGCACGGUGGCAGACACCGACGAGCCUCGCUCAUCUCCCGCUCCAUCUCGAGGCCGCAAAUACAAUCGUGGCACACGCCAACCCGCACGCGAAACUCGCUCGACACGACUUCAAAUUGAAAUUGGCUCUGGUAGCCAAGGCAAGGCGUCCGAUGAGGACGCAGACUCUGGGGAAGAUUCCGACGUCAAUGAUGAAGGUGAUGAAGAGGAGGGCGAGGAGGGUAGUGACGGUGGCAAAGACAGCGAGGACGAUGAGGAAGAGGAGAGCAGUGACAAGGGAGGUUCAAGGAGCACGAGGGCAAAGGCAUCACGGUCCAAGCAGAAGGACACCAAAAAGGCUUCAACGAGUACUACAACCCGCCGAACUGCUCGCCGACGUUGACGCUAAACAUCGGUUGUUUCCUUCAUUUCAGUUUUAUAUUUUGAUACCAGCGGAUCUUCGGAGUGGCGUUUUGAAUACUGUGUGAUUUGUUCUGUGUAACAAUGGGCCUUGUAUGUACUUUUUACAACUAUUUCCAUGAAACAACUUCCCACCAAGGCCUACCCACUACGUAA